UCACCGACUUCCAUCUCUUACCGAAAAGACGAAACUAUCCUCCCCCUCCUCCGCCUUGGAAUCAGGUCUCAAGGGCAUUCUAGGCAAAACAUCUAACAAAAUCUUCAGGUACACGUCAACGACAACAAAAUCACUCCUUUAGGGUAAGCUCAAUCAAGCUUUCGUCUCUUUCCCCCCAUAUUCCCUUUCCUCCACCACCGCCAUCCUUCUCUAUCGCCAUCCUUCUCUCUAGCAAAAUGACGAAACUGCCCUUCCUCCUCCUCCUCAUCCUCCUCCCCCUCGCCGCCGGCGAGAUCAAAUCCCUAACCAUCUCCGGCGACUCGCGCCCCAUGAUCCUCUUCGAGAAGUUCGGGUUCACCCACACCGGCCACGUCGCCAUCUCCGUCGACAACGUCGCCGUCGCCUCCUCCGCCACCAUCGACCCCUCCCACCUCGGCUUCUUCCUCCUCUCUGAGGAAUCCCUCCUCCAGGUCCUCAUGGAGAUGCAGCAGGACCCUCAGUUCUGCGUCCUCAACUCCCACUACGUCCUCCAACUCUUCACCUUCCGCAACCUCUCCCCGCCGCCUCACUCCUCCUUCAAACGCUCCUACCCCGUCACCGCCCCUAACGAAUACAGCCUCUUCUUCGCCAACUGCGCCCCCGCCGGCACCGCCGUCACCAUGGACGUCCUCACCGAGGUCUUCAACUACGAUCGCGACGGAUCUAAGGAUUUCCUCUCCGCCGGCCUCACUCAGCUUCCUUCCCUCUUCUUCUUCUUCUCCCUCGUCUAUUUCGGAUUCCUAGGGUUGUGGAUCUACAUUCUCCUCUCCAACAAGAGAUCCGUUCACCGGAUCCACUUCCUGAUGGCCGGAUUGCUCCUCAUGAAGGCUUUGAACCUGAUCUGCGCCGCGGAGGACAAGCAUUACGUGAAAGUCACCGGAACGCCUCACGGAUGGGAUGUUCUGUUCUACAUUUUCCAGUUUAUUCGCGUCGUUUUGCUCUUCACCGUCAUCGUUUUGAUCGGGACGGGUUGGUCGUUCCUGAAGCCGUUCUUGCAGGAGAGGGAGAAGAAGGUUUUGAUGAUCGUAAUUCCUCUUCAGGUCUUGGCGAAUGUGGCCUCGGUUGUGAUCGGCGAGACCGGGCCGUUCAUCAAGGAUUGGGUGACUUGGAACCAGGUUUUCCUGUUUGUUGAUAUUAUCUGUUGCUGUGCUAUCAUUUUCCCCAUUGUCUGGUCAAUCCGAUCGCUGCGGGAGACGUCGAAAACCGACGGGAAGGCCGCGAGGAACCUGUCCAAGCUGCAGCUUUUCAGGCAGUUUUACAUUGUUGUGAUCGGAUACUUGUACUUCACGCGGAUCGUUGUCUUUGCUCUCAAGACCAUCGCGGCGUAUAAGUAUCAGUGGGUGAGCAAUGCCGCCGAGGAGAUUGCCAGUCUCGCCUUUUACGUGGUGAUGUUCUACAUGUUUAGGCCGGUGGAGAAGAACGAGUACUUCGUUCUUGACGAGGAAGAAGAGGAAGCCGCGGAAUUGGCUCUCAGGGAUGAAGAGUUUGAGCUUUGAAUUGGGUAGUGCAGAGACUUUGCUUGCUUGGUUUCUGCAAAUGGCCGGGCUUUGUGGAUCGUCUUUGCGGAUUCAAGAAACGGAGAAACCUACGUCGAGUAUGGUGCUUCUACUUGUAAUCUUUUCUUUACUUUUACUUUGAAGAAAGCUUUGAUUUUUAAGUGUAACUGAAACGUUUUGAUCCAUAGAAUUAUCGAGUCAUUAUGCUCAUACUGCACUCUCCUUCAUAGAGUGGUUUACAUACAACUUCCCCCAACCCCCCAAUAUUUUUUUUUCUCCUUUUGGAUUUAUGUCUUUUUAGGGAAUAAUCAUUCAUUGUCUCAUUGUAAGUCAUUGGUUGUAUGUAGUUGUUAACUUUUCCGUUUGUUGUUU